GAGAAGCAUGUCUCGACGCGAGCAAAACUCCUCUUCCUGGCCGCCUACUUCUUCCUCAACCUCUUCCUCACUCUCUCCAACAAAUCCCUCCUCGGCACCGCCAGAUUACCCUGGCUGCUAACCGCCGUCCACUGCUCGGCGACCUCGAUAGGAUGUUUCGCAAUGCUUGGCCUGGGGCUUCUGACCGUGACGCCUCUCGGCCUACGAGAGAACCUGGCGCUGUUCGCAUUCUCCUUCUUAUUCACCGUCAAUAUCGCCGUUUCCAAUGUGAGCUUGGCCAUGGUUUCGGUCCCGUUUCAUCAGAUCAUGCGCUCGACUUGUCCGCUUGUGACGAUUUUGAUUUACAAGCUCGUGUAUGGCCGGGAGUAUUCCAGGACGACGUAUUUGACGAUGAUUCCGCUGGUUUUGGGUGUCGCGCUAUCGACUGUUGGAGACUACUACGCCACUCUCGCCGGCUUCCUCGUGACCUUCCUCGGAGUCGUCCUGGCCUCCGUCAAAACAGUGGCAACAAACCGCCUCAUGACCGGCAGCCUCAAACUCUCCGCUCUGGAAGUCCUCCUCCGCAUGUCACCACUCGCAGCCAUACAAUGCCUCAUCUACGCCUACCUCACCGGAGAAGCCGACACGUUCCGACACGCAUACACCGCAACCCAAUUCUCUUCCACAUUCGGCGCAGCAUUGUUCCUAAACGCAAUCGCAGCAUUCCUUCUCAACGUCGUAGGCUUCCAAGCCAACAAAAUGGCCGGCGCGCUUACCAUUACCGUGUGCGGAAACGUCAAGCAGGCUUUGACCAUUUUCCUCGGCAUCAUCUUGUUUCAUGUGGAAGUUGGGCUUUUGAACGCAGUGGGCAUGUUCAUUACGAUUGCGGGUGCGGUAUGGUAUAGCAAAGUGGAAUUGGACAGUAAA